AAGGACACCCACUGGCACUUUGCGCUCGUUUCUUUGCGCUUGUUUCAACAUGACAGUGGAGGGCCCCUUCUCUGAGGGCCCGCAAGACCGCAUUCUUGGCCGCGAGCCAACGAGCCAACAACCUAACAACAAUGAGCAGACGCCUGUAAAGGAGGCCCCGCCAACGCCUUCAACCGGCUCGGCUGACACUCCAGAGAAGCCCCACCCCGUCAAACGAUUUUUCCUUGCGGCGUGGGACCUCAUAUGCGAGCACUGGUUUAUCCUAGCGCUCGGGUUUGCCAUCGGCUUUGCCAAAGCGGUGCCUGACUUCGGUCGCAAUGGCGGGUGGAUCGCUGCGCAGUGGACCAUCAAAUACGGCGCUGUUAUCAUCAUCUUCUUUCUGUCAGGAUGCUCGCUAAAAACCAAGGCGCUGCUAACCGCGGCGACUCGGCUCCAUCUACAUCUCUUUAUCCAGUGCAUUUGCCUCGUGCUGACGCCAGCCAUUGGCUAUGGAAUUUCUCGCGGCCUGGCACGGACCAGUAUGAACGAGGACCUGGUCAACGGCCUGGUGGUGGCCAUGACCAUGCCCACGACCAUCAGCACGAACGUGGUGUUCACAAAGCAGUCGGGCGGCAACGAGGCCGCCGCGCUCAUCAACGCGGUGGUUGGCAACAUCAUCGGCAUCUUCGUGUCGCCAGGCUGGCUGUACUUGUACCUCAAGCGCUCGGGUCAAGCCUCUUACAGCGAUGUGAUUGUCCAGAUGGCCAUCACCAUCAUUGCGCCGCUGGUGGUGGGGCAGCUGGUGCAGUACUUUGGGCCCGACCUGGUCAAGAAGGCGCAGGAGUACAUCAACUUCGGCAAGGUGGGCAACGUGAUGAUCGUGCUGCUGGUGUGGAACACCUUCUGCAACACCUUCCACAAGGACAUCCACCUGGGCGCCGGGUCCUGGGUGCCCAUGUUGUUCCUGGAGAUCGGCAUGUUCCUGGCCUUCACCGUCAUGUGCCUGCUGCUGGCCACCUUCGUGCCGUUCAAGAAGCUGUUCAGCAUGGACAAGCCGGACGCUGUGGCUGUGGUGAUGUGCGGCAGCACCAAGACGCUGGCGCUGGGCAUGCCGCUCAUCUCGGUGCUGUUCGGCAAGUCCGCCAACGCCGGCAUCCUGUCGCUGCCGCUGCUCAUCUACCACGCCACGCAGUGCCUGCUGGGCAGCCUCAUGAUCAAGCACCUGAAGGCCUGGGUGAACGGCCCUCGCCCCGGCGCCUGGCCUCCCUCGUGCUGGCACCCCGUCCCCGCCUCCGAGGCCGCGGCGGUGGCGGCCGCGGGCGGGCCGGCGGUGCCCGAAGGCGCGACAGCGGUGGUCGUGAAGCCCGCUGCGGCGGCGGGGGAGGUCGCGGCGGUGGGGCAAAGCAGCGGCAGCGGCAGUGGCAGCAGCGCGCACGGGCACGGGAGUGGGGAUGGGGAGGGCAACGGCACGACGCCGCUGGUUCAGGGCCAGGACUCGUCGGUGCGGCGGAAAAGCGGCGCAGGGUCGGGGGAUGUGGAGCACGGCGCGGGUGCGGCGGCGGACAGGCGGUAAGAGGGCAGGCAGGCAGGGCGCAUGGCGAGCAGGUGAACAGGGGAGCGGCGCGGGCCCGGCGUUAUGUAUCCGCGGGCCCGGUGUCAUGUAUUCGCUGGACGGCGACGUCACGCCGGCCGCACCGCGUGCUGGACUGCGCCGUGGCGCGCAGCUGUGUGUGUGUGCGACGAUGUGUGACAUGAGAGUAUUUGCGGCUUUGAACAGCACUGCUGUGUGACGUGUGUGUGUGUGUGUGUGUGUGUGUGUGUGUGUGUGUGUGUGUGUGUAUGUGUGUGUGUGUGUGUGUGUGUCUAUUCGAGUGGGGUGUGUUCGGGUGCGUGUGUGCACACGCGCGAGGCGUGCUAUGACGGCCUGCGGUCGCGACCUGAGGCGUGAUGCCAAUGAGGAAUAAGCUGAUUACGUCAUAUGGUUUGUGGGUUGAGGCCCUGGCUGUGCCGGUGCGGUGUCGGGCAUGGACUGGGCCGUGUGUUCGGAGCCCCAAUGCCGAGUGCGGGCAUGGCGCACUGGCGUGAGCGAGCCUCAGCCGUGUGGAGGCAUGACGAGGCCGGUCGCGAGGCCGGUCCCGAGCAUCGAAAUCGUUUUCGGAACCAGAGUGUACGUACUGAAAUUGAAUCCGGGGUUGCGCCUAAGCGUGUGUCGGCAGUAGCAGCUUUGCUUGCGCGCCACGCCAGGCUGUAGAGAGGGCUCACCGUGGCAUUGCUCUCUCCGUGUUGGCUCGAGCUGACCGCAGCUUUACGGUGCUUUUCUUUUGGUCGGCUGCAAGGGCUGCUCGCGGGCAUCGUAGCCGCAAAUGCGUGAGUGGCGUUUGAUUGGCCUUGGUUGGUUGCCGUGCGUGGCAUUCGUGGACGGAGACAGGCGAGUCUGGUGAAGCGUCAACACCGCCCCUUCCUGGCAACGGGACAAGCGCUGCUCAGUCGAGAUUUUGAGUUUGUGAUGGGGCUCUUCUGCUUUUCUGAUGCAUAGGUUGCAAGCCUGGUGCGCUGAGAUGCUGGUCUUAUGUGUUUGUUGGCAUGUCCGGACAAAGAAUGCUCAAGACUUGAGAGGCCAGAUUGCCCUAAUAGUUGCAAGGCAAUGAGGAGAGUUUGCGUAUUAUGUAGAUGGAGGGGCGCAGGUGGUGAGUGGAUGGAGCGAGCGGCGUGGCAUCAGUGUGUAGCGUGAGACGAGGACGGGGACUCCGGCGACUGCUCAACCAGGGGUACAGGACGGGUUCAACUGUAUUAUCCGGAGCCGGACAGGAGCAGGUGCAUGUGAAGCAGGCGUGAGUGCACAUGGUACUAUGUUAUUAUGCGAUGUGCCGAUACCCGGGCGGUAACAAUGUGGGACAUAAAGUGUCAUAGUAGGGUCGUGCAAGCAACCAAGGGCGAUUACGC